CCAUGUGAUGCCUUUGUGAAUAAAGAAAUAUUGUUAUUCCGGUCUACCUAUGGUCCAACCUUUAUAGCUUUAUUCUUUUUAUUAUGUGUACGAAUUUUACUGGUCUAUAAAUAAACUAUAGUGAUUGAUGAAUUUACUAGGCACUAAACUCUUAGUUGCCAAGUGCAAGCGUAGUGGUAAGGUAUAAAUGAUACAAGUAGAAAAGCCAGUGGGAUUAAAUACUAUGCGAGAAGGUUGCUCUAAUACAUGCACGCCAAAUAAUAAUUCCCGGCAAAAAGAACUUAUUACCCAGGUUGGACGCAAGUCUUAAAACUGCAUACAAAAGUACUGAAAAUCUCGCUUCGAUUGGGAAAGAAGAGCAUGACAAAAUGAAAUUGGUUUCAAAUUUUAAUGAUGUUCUAUUUUAAAAUACGUUACACGUAAUCCGACGUGAGCUUCAAUCCUGACGAAAUUUUGGCAAAAAAAGAUCAAAUGAAAUUGGUUUUAAAUUUUAAGGCCAAAAGAAUGUAUAAUCCAGGUUGGACGCAAGUCUUAAAAUUGCAUGCAAAACGACUAAAAAUCUCGCCAGUAUUGGGCUAUUGGGCGUAUUUGGCGCCCGUUCUGCAAUGGGAUGCCCCGAAGCCCCCCGAGGGAUAAUACAGGCUCUCCCAUCCAACUCCUACUCCGACGCGUCCUCGUCGUGUAGAGUGGUAACAUCCCACAGCAAAGUGACAUUUGCUCUAAAUUGUUUUCCCAUAUCUGCUCGAUUAGUACUCGAUACGCUUAAAAUUGUGAAUUUGUGUGUGAUCAAGUGUGUUGCAAGCGCCAAGACUUGAUGUGUUGGUAAAUUAGACGUUUCUAUAUCAAUGGACAAUGCCGUCAAGCUCAUUUUUCUUCAUAGCUAUGGUUAUUUGAUGAAAAACAAAAACUAAUUUUGUGUGACGUUAUUCUAUAAAAAAUGGGUAUUUUUAAAAUAUAAAAUGGGUACAUGACCAACUAUAACGAUAGGAAACACCAUUUCCGAGCGAAUCUAGAAGAAAGUAACGAAACAGCCGCAUCACAGUUGAUUUUAAAGGACUUUUUCUAAAUUCCCUUAAACUAGUUCAGUUUAAGGGAAGUUUAAGGCUCCAGUUUAAGGGAAUUUGCUCGAAUUCCCGAUUAUUCGUGCUAUAAAAUGUCAGUUGGGAUGUGCCACCACAUAUCCAGGCUUGGGUACACGGGCUUGACCCAACUCCUUGGGCGGAUGGUGGCAUAUGGCAAACCAGAAGGGUGGUGGGUAUCCUGGGAAACUGGGUGCCUGAACGUCGGGGGGAGGGGGGGGGGGGACAUCUCGACUCAAAACAAAACAGGUCACCCAGUCUCACGUAAUACUAGACUACGGAAAUGAUGAUGAUGAUGAUGAUAAGUCCUACUUCUUACCCCAAUACAUGUUUGAGAAGGACGACAGUAUCUAUAAGAUAAUUCUACUAUAAUAGUUGUUACGAAAUAAAAAAACGAGCAAGUGGUGGCUUCGGAAAACUCUCAGAGGAACCGUCCGAGUCAUACGCACACCCUAGAUGACCAACAUAGUUUCAUCAAGAAAAAACGGGUCAUACUCCAUCGAAUACAAUGGUAUUCCCUAGCAUCCUUUACGUUGCCCGCAAAGAACCAAUAAAUAGAUCCGGCGCACUACUUAUCGGAACACAACUGCAACAUGCAUAUUUCCAGUUCCACUAGUGCCAAUGGUUGGCUCUAGGGCACAAUCAUCAAUGAGUGAAUCCUGUUGUGACCUCCCAGACCGUGUGCAAACCGUAAAUUCCCCCAAAUAGAUCCCGAGUGUCCACUUCAACGCGCGCGUGUCUCAUACCUAUGUUGUCUCUUUCUUAUAUAUAUAUUUUUCUAAUUUAAAUUUCCAUAUAGGGUAAAUGUACCUAUAGUGGUGGUAGUACACUGGUGGACAUUAAAAUAGGAAAAAAAAAUUUUUGUGUUUUUUUUGCAUACACUAGGUGUGUCAUCGCCAACAGUUCGAGGCGUACUGAAUUUGUAAUAGCCGAAUUUUGCCUUUUAUACUCUCAUUUUUGGUGCGCUACUUAUCUGAGUUUUGAGUGCCGGCAGCGUUUUGCGGCAGUAUAAAAGGAGAGCCAAACCGUGUUGUGCUUCAUUCUUCCAUCAGUGGUCAAGGUGAAAGGUUGCUGUUUAAAAAUUCUACAAAAUCAUCAUGGGUCGCGGAAAGCACUGCACACCAGAGGAGCGAAAACACAUUCAGGGGCUGUAUCGUGAGAACGUGCCAAUCAAGACAAUCUGCAAGGCGUUCGGCCGUUCGCGGACGUUUGUUGACAACGCCAUUCGUAGCGAGGCUACGGGUAAAUCGACAGGUCGUCCGCGAAAAACAACGGCCGACGUUGACGCGCGGAUUGUUGAGAUGAUCAGGGCGGAUCCUUUCAAAACUUGCACUCGUAUCAAGCAGGAGCUUGGUUUGCAAGUUUCGGCGAAAACGGUGUCUCGCCGUUUACACGCCGCUGGGUUCUGUGCCCGGAGACCGAGGAAGGUUCGUAAGCUGCAGCCGCACCACGUAGAAGCGCGCAUUCGGUUUGCCGAAGAACAUUUAGCUGCAUCCAUCUUUUGGUGGAGCAAAAUCAUUUUUUCGGAUGAGUCCAGAAUCAAUCUGGAUGGUUCGGACGGUAUUAAAUACGUCUGGCGCUUUCCUAAUCAGGCGUAUCAUCCGAAAAAUACGAUAAAAACCCUUAGUCACGGAGGCGGCCACGUAAUGGUGUGGGGUUGCUUCCUGCGUUGAGUCCUGACCUCAACCCGAUUGAAAAUCUGUGGUCAACUCUCAAGCGUCAGCUUAAGAACCAGCCUGCACGUUCAGCCGAUGAUCUAUGGACACGCUGCAAGUUUAUGUGGGAACGCAUAGACAGAAGCGAAUGCCGUAAUCUCAUCGGCGAUAUGGCCAAACGCUGUCAGGAAGUGAUAGCGAAUAACGGUCACCAGAUUGACCGUUAGAAUGUGUUUUCGCUCAGUGGAACACCGCAACACCUCCUCCCAACAACCACUUAAACAGUCCUUUUCAGGGCUACCAAAUAUUUCUGACAAGAACUAUGUCUUUCGGUCACAGAAAAAAGUUCCUAUUUUUAUGUCCACCAGUGUACCAAUAGUGGUGGUAUUGCACUAAAAUGCGGUUCAUACGGAAAAUUACAAGUAAUUAAGUUAUUUACGUUAGUGUGAAAUGUUCUUUAGCCUUUUACAAAGGGGUUAAAAGUUAAAUGGGGCCAUUCCGUUACUUAGUGACCGAAAAAUCGAUUAUUUUGUGAAAUGUGUCAACAUUUUUCCAAAAUCCUUAGGAUUUCAUAACGAAACUCAUAUUUCUGUUAACGUUCUAAAUGACCACAUAACCACUCAAUUACUAGUUUUUCAACAUGACUGUUAUGAAAUGUUAUUGUUUUACUAAAAUUGGGGUCCUUUCCGUUUUAAGUUCGUAGGCUGAAAUUUCAGCCUGUCAGCUGUUUGCAUUGUAUAGCAGUUUUCUAGCAGCUAUCUAAGUGGAUAUAAUAUACAAGUGGGCUGAUCUCAAGGUGUUUGAAUUUAGAAGGCUGAUUUUGAUCGAUUCUGUUUCUGAAUGAAGAUUUUAAGAGUGUUUUGAGUAUUCGUCAAGCCUCCAGAAAGCUCGUUUGAGCAAAAGUUUUCACUCGUUCUGUUAAAAAGUGAUAUUCAAAUUUGCUCAUAAAAAACAUGCUAUGAGACCACCUGAACUACAUACACUUUGAUUCUAGAUUCCACCACGUAAUCUCUUUAAUGCACCUUGGGGUAAAUGUAAACAACACCGUGUUUUCGAGCAGGUAUUCGAAUCUAAUUCUAGCUUGGAGAGUGUUUCUACAUACACCGAGAAUGCAGCUGAGAAAAUAACUGACAGCAUGCUUUGACAGCGUCUGACAGCAUUUUCGGUGAGAGAAUUCUCCUCGGCAUGCAAAGAACGAUGGAGCUGAGAAAAAAUUGAAUUGGCAGUUUAUAGCGAUCGAUCAAUUAUAGUUUGCAUUUUUGCUGUCUAAUAAUCGUAGAUUAUAUUAUUAAAAAGUAAAAGAAACUUUUUUGACUUCAUUUUAGCGAUUAAAAUGGAUUUUUUCAACAUCAUUUUAAAAGUCUCAUCUCGGCGCUUUUCAGAGCUUCUACACACACCAGCGUGAGAAACCGGUUGUCAAUUCUCUCACAGCCAUCUCUCAGCUGCAGUCUCGGUGUAUGUAGAAACGCUCUGAGGCUAAAAUAAUCUACACUGAAAAUUGCAGGCUAGUUUUUUGUGUGGUUUUGUACGGAGUGUUUACAUGAUUUCAGCCUCCAACUGUUAAACUCCAUACAAAAAACUGACUAGAAUCGUGAAGGGACCCAUUAUUGGUCUUUUGACCAUAUAUAUGCAUUUUUAAAUGUUUUUUACCAUAGUGCCAUUAUAGGUACACAAAACAGGCAUGUUCCUAUAGUGGUUAUAGUUAUAAAAUCAAUAACAAUAGCUGGUAUCGCGAAAGAUUUGGUUUAAAAUUAACAGUCGUUAAAAAUUAACCAGAGUCGUUAAAAAUUGCUAGAAUUUGGCAUCGCGAACGCAUUGAGUUCAUUUGUUAAUUUUAACGACUGGUCCUAUGCCGCCGUUAAACAAACGACUGUCAAGAGCGUAUGUGAUACAAAUUAACAGUCGUUUAAUUAUACUGCUCGAUUUUUUUCCCCGUGUUUGCCUAUAUGCGAUAUCGAGCAGUCGUUAACUGUUUUGACGGUCGUUUAUUUUAACAGGAAUGAACAACAAAUGAACUCGGUUAAACCAAAAUGAACUUUAAACGACUGUUAAAAAGAGUUCAUUUAUUCGCGAUGCCGGCUAAUAGUUCGUUUUAGAUUUUAUCGAUGAUAUUUUUGACAGUUUUCUGUAAGUAAUGUAGCUACCAAACAAAGGUCAAAAUUCGCUUAUCUGGCUGAGUGAAAAAAUCAACCUCAAAUCAAGCUUUAUCUUCCGGGUGUGGGUUGACGACAGGUCUUAUUCAGUAAAUCCAUUAAAACACAUCUGUGUCACUACAAAUUGCACCACUAUUGGUACACUUACCCUAUAAAACUUGCGUGAGUUAAUGUUUCGGGUAAUUUAACGAAAACGUAUUCCGUUUCUUCAGAUGGGCAUGAGCGAUUACAAUGACGAUUAUCACUACUGGCAAAGUUAUCGAUGAGAUUAAAGACCAUUUCCAUGACCAGUUCAGGCUAUUGUUUUCUAAUUUGAUGUGUGCUAUCUCCUUUCGUAGUUCGGUAUGUAACGUAUGAAGGUGUUCAACACUCAGAUUUACUAUCUUGCCUUUUUGUUCAAUUGCUACUCCAUAGAUUGGUAGGUGUAUGGGUGUGCUUGGAGUAUCAAUGUUGGUGUUUGAUAUUAAGGUGCUGUUGAUGAAAAUCUUACAACUCGAGUAUGUAAUGAGAAACGAUCCGGUAAGAACUCUCGGUUUCAAUCCGCAAGAAGAUUCGAAGGUAAAAUUAGCUGAUGAGCUGAGGAGAAUAUGUGUCAUGUCCAAAUUGAAGAUUUCUUCUGUUUCUGGGUAUGUAACGUUAUCGCAAUUUGCUGGUUGUUCAUUGAUGAGUUUGGCUAUGCAUUCGUCGUCUAUUUCUAAUAGAUCUUCUUCGUUGUAAAACUGCUUGUCUCACGUGGAUACGGUGUAGGUUUGGGAUUCGUAGGAAACGAAGUAAGGAUGAGAAACAUAGAUUUUCUUAUUUGUAUUAAUAAGUGCGUAAAUAUGCAUCUUCCUAAAAAUUACAAAUCUUAAUUUUGGAGAAGUUAUAAUCAAAAUAAGUUCGUUAUCAUUUACUGCGACCUUUGUAGUUGUAUACAAUAGUGUUUCUAUUAAUGUAUGAAUGGGUGUAUUGUUUUGUUUUAAAUCUGCAGUAAUCAUGCUCAGUUCUCUUUCGCUUAAUAAACGUGCGUUAGUGAUACAGUAUCGGACAGAAUGAUAGGACCCUAGUUUUUUCAACGCAGCAUGCACCCGUUGGGGCAGGUUUAGGUGUGGUUUGUAUGUGUUUGUGUGUGUGCAUGUGUGUGUGUGUGAGUGUGUGUGUGCAUGUGUGUGUGUAUGUAUGUUUGAAUGUGUAUUGGUGUGUGUGUUUGUUUCACAAGUAUGUCGUUUCGGAUAGAUUUGUUAGUAGUUUUUCUGUGUUUUGGGUUAGGUUUUUGAUGUAAUAAGCAGGACCACUGCCCUCGCGAUCAGUGUUUUUUCGAUCUAUGAACAAUUUUACGGUCUUCUUUCGCCGUGGUCUUCUGAGGACGUCCGGUUGACUUGCGCGUAUUGGUUGUCCAAGCGCGUUUCGGUUGUCCAAACACAUUUGGGAUGUCCGAAGCGCGUUUGCGACAAAAGUGCGCGUUCGUUCCAUUACGAACUCGAUCGUUUUGCGCUUAAUGCCAGCAGCAGCCAUUCGCUUUUUCAUAUGGCGCUGAUAAUCGGUACAACGUUUACCUCGACCCAUUGUUACUAACAUUGCUUGCUUGGUCCGUCAAAAACGCGCUGGUUAAAAACUUGGACACGGCUGAUCCCGUGCUCUGCCUGCGUUCUGCUUCUAUACGUGAUGAAUAACAUCGUUGUUUAGCAGCGAAAACAUGUGUAUGGAUAAAAACUAUCAAUGAGAAAGCGAGUGAGCAUCAACCCAUUCAAAACCAGAACAGAAUACUGCCGCGCUCAUGAAACAAAACGCCUAUUGAAAAGAACAACUGCGCGCCAGCUCAAUGCACGCACAAAGUUUAACAUGCGCACACAACGUUCAACGCAGAGAUGCACGCAGGCCUUUCAAUGGUGUGCACUGGAGAAACACCAGUAAGGGAAUGUCGAGUUCAUUGCUGUUGUGCGCGUGUCCAUUUCGCAUCGCUGCGCAUGCACAUUCAUCAACCAGCACACCUGCGUUUUCGUCCGAGGAACAAGCGCUGCUGUCGAUGCAAACUUUAGUUUUUAUCCAAGUGUAAACGCACGCUGUUUCACAUGAUAACACACAUCAUCAGAAUACUUUCAACGCAAUAUGACAUCAUGGCAAGCUACGUUUUUCAGACACAAACCCGCGCACUCGCAAAUAUACAUUAACACACACACACACACACACACACACACACACACACACACACACACACACACACACACACACACACACACACACACACACACACACACACACACACACACACACGCACGCACGCACACGCGCACACGCACACACGCACACACGCACACACACGCACACACACACACACACACAGUAACGUAACAGUAACACAGUAACACAAGUAACGUGGUAAAACAAGUGCACGGUGCGUUGAAAACAACAGGGUCCUAUCUUAUUGUCCGAUACUGUACCUAAUUUAGCUAGAGUUAUACUUUCAACUAUGAAUGCAAUUUUUUCUGACUAGUAUUUUAAAUUCAUAACAAUAUUAAUAAAUUAUUUAUCUAAAUCAUAACUGGUUUUAACACCUUCAUCGUGGAGGUGUUUAAAACAGUUAUAGCCUUCUUUACAUUUUCUAAACUUUCGUUUAGGUGUGUUGUCAGUUCGCUUUUUAUAAUUAUUUGAGCAUUAUUGUUUGAUAUGAGCUGGUUAAUUGUUGAAUUUAUUAUCUUAAGGUCAUUCGCGUCUGGGCUACCAGCGAUAAACUUCCAAACUGUUCCAAUCGGGUUCCACCUUCUCCUGCGAUUAGGGAUUAUAGUUAUAAGUAUUCCGCAAACAUAUUAAAAUUCUGUUGUUAUUAUCGUUAUAUACUGAGUUUAUUCAACUUUACUGAAUUCCUCGAAAGGCGAGUCGAUCUCAUAUUUAAGAUUUGAUAUUUCUGAACGAUGAAUAUAAUAUUUAUUUCUUUCGAUUAUUAUUUAAUUAUUAUUUAUUGUUUAAUCUUCAACGGGCCGUAUGGCCUAAUUAAGAUAAGUAACAUAACAGUCUCUCUAGACCUACGUGUUCGGGAUGGUGCACGGAUAUCGUUUCGAUGCAACAAAGGCGAUGAGUCAGAGCCAUUUAGCAAACCAGCGAUGAAAGAGCACUGUGCAUUGCGUCUUCUAACCGAAAGAGGUUCAAGGCCUAGAAGACGGCACCGCGCAGCAUACGGAGGAAGAUUAUUGCGAUCCUGCCAGGGAAGUAGGCGUAGGGCAUAUCGCGUGAGCUUACGUUGAAUCGCCUCAAGUCGAGCAAUUGAAGAAGCAGUAGUUAGGCUCCAGACUACGCACGAAUAUUCCAGAACCGAACGAACGAUACUAUUGUAGACAGCUUUGAUGCACAUGGGGUUGCGGAAUUCAUUAGUUAUCCAGAUAACCACGCUAAAGAGUUGGUUUCGUCUGGUUACAACGUCAUCGAUAUGCUGUUUAUAGUUCAUACUUGAAACAAGAAAAACGCCCAUGUCUUUGGUAUGAUUUUGUCGAUUAACUGCAGUGCCGUCCAUGAAGUAGGUACCAGUAAUUGGGCUCCUGCAUACACAAAAUGACACACAGAAGCAUUUCUCGAUGCAGAUAGUCAGUCCAUUACGCUUGCACCACGAACAGAAGAUUUCGAUGCAGUCUUGCAGGGAUAUACACCCACCGUCUGAUGACAGCUCCACAGUACGCUUGCAAAAUUCCCCUAAUCGAUUGCAACACUCCCCUAAGUGAUUGCAAACAUCCACAGCUUGCUUGCAACAUUCCCCUACCGAUUUGCAACAUUCCCCUAAGUGGUUGAACUAUUCCCUUAUAUAAUUCGAAACCCUGUAUCAAUUUUCACGAUGUAUGUGCGAUUAAUUAAGUAAGACUUAAGCCACUGUACAAGUGAGCAUGGAAAUCCUAGCUUAUCGAGUUCAGCGAGAAGAAUUGCGUGAGGAAGAGAGUCGAAUGCUGCUUUCAGAUCUGUAUAAAUUGCAUCGACUUGAGCUCCUGCAUCAAUUUGACUAGUGCAAUAGGUUACAAAUUCAACCAGGUUCGUGGUAGUCGACUUUUUUGGCACGAAUCCAUGUUGAUACGGGCUUAGCUAGCUGCGGCAUGCAUAUAGCAGAUGUUUGUAUAUCACUAGUUCGAACACCUUGACACCGUUCGAACAUCGCAAUGGCACAAAAAGACGUAAUACCUCGAUAGUUGAUGGCAUCUGUCCUGUCGCCCUUUUUAUAUAGUAUCAUCACUGCCGAAAACUGGUACAGUUACCCUACUGUGUGCGAGAAAGAGUGAACAGGAAUCUUGCACGCAGCAAACAACAGCCGUAUCAACCCGGUUUUUUUUUUAACAGAACGGAACGAUAACACCUUGCUAACAAUGUUGAAGCGGCAAAGACCGGAAUGGAACGGGGUGAACGGAAAGCACGGAAAGAUCGGAACAUAAAGGUCGCCCGUCAAACAAUGCGAGGGUUGCGAAAGAUUUCAUGUACUCGAAAUCUUACGGUAUUUUAAAAAAUCGUUGAUUUUUAUUCAAGAAUUAUAUUUUGUGCGGUAGUAUUUAGCGAAAAGAUCACUAUUUAAAUUUUUGUGGAUUUUUGAAAACUAAAAUGUCAAAUUCAGGUGUUUAGUAUGCUACAAAUCGCACUGUUAUACCUGCUCUCGAGGUGCUAUAAUUAUAACUGCUAAAACUAGGAGUGAAAAAACUACCAAGGCUCGCAAGCUCUUUAAUGCGAGGGCUCUGGGGCGGUGAACUUGUAUGGCGUGCGAGCCUUCGCGCGCCCUCGCAACUCCCUGUCAAUUGCAUGGCGGGGGUAUCAUCUGCUCGAAAUCUUAAAAAAAAUUUAAAAUAUUUUAAAAUAUUUAGUUUUUAUUCAUUAAUUCUUGUUUUGCUGUGUUAUUUGUCGAAAAGACCACUAUUUACAUUUUUGUGGAUUUUUUCAAAAUAAAAUCUCAAAAUUUAGGUGUUUAGUAAGCUAUAAUUUGCUAUGUUAUACCUGCUCUCGGGGUGCUAUAAUUAUAACUGAUAAAAACUAGCGGCGAAAAAACUGCAUAGGCUCGCAAGCUCUUUAAUGCGAGGGCUCUGGGACGGUGAACUUGUAUGGCGUGCGAGCCCUCGCGCGCCCUCGCAAAUCGCUGUCAAUUGCAUGGCGGGAAGGCUUAGUGUGUGCCAAGCGCCAUACAGGCAGAGUGUGUUUGCGAGCCGAACGAGCACACACAAUACAGAAUACACUUUAAAAUGAUACAAGUACGGUGGCCGCACACCAGCCGCACCGAGCGCCCCUGCCGAGAGCUCCUGCUCGAUCGGCUCGCAAACACACUCUGCUCGGCGCUCGGCACACACUAAGCCUUAUAACUGCCCGGUUAUUCACGUGACAACACAUUUGUUUAGUUGUGAUAAUGCUCAUCUUUUUCCUUUUCACAUCUACAAUGCGGUCAUUUUGGUAUGGCACGUGGCAGCCAGUUCUUGGAUUAACACAAAGAUUUGAAGGCUAUAGAUUCCAAAAAAGAACAUUUCCUUUGCUAGAUACGAUACGUAUUGUUGUUGAAUCCUUUCUGCCAGCAGUGUACCAACCGAACCAAAUAUGAUUUUAUAUUGAGAGUGAGGAAUUUAUCACAGUGCCUGCGCAUAUAUGAUUCCUUCGCUUACACUCACACUGAUAGCACGUACUACAUUUCGCUCCGUUUUAUUUGCGUUUUGUGCACUUAUUUUCGCAAAUUCCGAUCUGGUUCUAUCAUUGCACUGUGUUUUGAUUAUCAGUUGUGCAAGCCUCAAUAAACUGUUCAUAUACUCAAGUGCUCAAAGCCUGUAUAAGUGAUAUAAAGUGUAUACUCCUUGGCGCGGUGAGCCUGUUGAAUCGUCAUGGCUGAUCACUGUUUGACCUGCGCCCGUGCUUCGUCAUCCGAGGAACUUACUUACACUUGCGACGGCUUCUGCAAGCGAUGGGCUCAUCGUUCGUGUCUUGGUGUGAGUAGUGCCGCAGUCAAGGAUCUCAUCAAAGAAGAUUCUCAAAUUCUGUGGCUUUGCCACAAUUGUUCGGAGAAUCGCCGCAACGGACACUCAGUGAUGAUUGCUGAGCUAACGGCGGCACUCACCGAUCUCAAAUCUCAGCUGUCAGCUGAGUUCCAAACACGAAUGGAUGCUGCCGCGGAAUCGCUAAAACGCACGAUGCUAUCCUCACUCGAUCAACACACAGAUACUCGUCCUGCUUCACACACUUCUACAUUCACCAUUCAACGCAAGACAUCGACAUCCAAAGCACCAGUUCUUUCGUCAACACCAGCCACCGAACUUAGCAACCCGGCAAAACGUCGUUUAAUGGACCGUUCUCCGCCGUCCGUUGUCGCCACCUCUCCUCUUCUAAAUGGCACCGCACCCAUCGCCACUUCAGCUCAUGCCACAUUGCUCCUACUACCAGAAACGCCUAAAUUCUGGUUGUACCUGUCGCGCUGCCGCCCGACAGCCACAAUCUUAGAAGUGGAGACUUUCGUCAAGGAGCAAAUCGGCAUCGAGGAUGUCACCGUUUUUAAGCUGGUACCACUUAACCGCGAUGUCCGCACUCUGACUUUCUCUUCGUUUAAAGUCGGUUUGUCGCCGGAUUAUAAGGAGAAAGCAUUAUUAUGCUCAUCGUGGCCGAUCGGAACUGUCUUCAAAGAGUUCACGGAUCGUAGGAAUGCUCCUAUUUCUACAUUGUCGACAAAUCCCCUGACCACUACCACUACAGCACCAACAAAUACACAAGUACCUGUCACCACAAACACUGAUGUAUCUAUUCAUAUGGAAACAAACAACAACAUUACUGCCUCCACCAACAACACUGCAGUCUCGACGUCACCUCCUCGAUCAUCACAGCAGCAAUAGCAACACUACUUACACACUCGCACUCUAAAUCUCCGUUAAAAUUUUACUAUCAAAACACUCGCGGUCUCAAAACCAAACUUUCGGAUCUUCGCAUCUCUCUCGAAGUUGCGAGCUAUGAUGUCAUAAUACUAACUGAGACAUGGCUGGACGAUUCGAUUCCUUCAUCCCUCUUCUGUGCCCGAAAGUAUACCGUCUAUCGUUGUGAUCGUUCAAGCGCUAACAGUACCUGCUCUCGCGGCGGUGGUGUACUCAUUGCCUGUUCCGCUAAGCUCUUGUCGCUGCACAUUGAAGUAUCCCAAUGCUCGUUAGAACUUUUAUGGAUUCAAAUUAAACUGAACGGUCACUCACUCUUUGUUGGUGGUGUGUAUUUACCUCCAAACCUCAGCUCGAAUACUGACACGUUAGACUCAUUCUUCAAUACAAUUACAUUAAUACAAUCUCGCAUGAAAGAUAGGGAUUUGUUUGUCUUAUGCGGUGAUUUCAAUCAACCUGGACUAUCGUGGUCUCAAAAUGAGGAUUAUUUCGCACCGCUUGCCGUUAACCCUGCCUCAUCCUACUUUAUAGACGGAUUAGCUGAAUUCAAUCUGCGUCAACUUUCAGGGGUCGUAAAUAUUUUUCGGAGGCAACUAGAUUUAGUUUUUGUUAAUGAGUUAGUGACAUAUUCAUGUUCACCAGUUUCUUGUAGUAUUGACCCUAUUGUUAAGGUCGGGCUACAUUGACCGUACUCGCAGGUGUAAUUUUGAUUUUCACUAGCGCAUCUGGCGACGACCAGCGCAAGCUAGAUGUCGGUAUAAUUUAUGUGUCAAAAUUAUUCAUACUUGGUGUCUCAUCAAGUUUCGAGCAGGCUACUUGUAUGCCGUAUGAAAUGUUUAUAAACGUCCAUAAAUUGCAACAAAAUAGGCCGUUAAUUGUUGUUGGUGGAUAAAUCGUCAUUCAUACAAAGCGCUAGGCAACAUUUUUCCCCAUCUUCCAACAUCUUUCCAUCAUUGGGUAAAAUUAUAGCCUCCUGGACCCAAAACACUUUUUGACAGAUAAAUUAUACCAGCCUCUAGCUUCGACCCGCCGCCGCUAGAUGGCGUACGCGUUCAAAAAAAUUACACUCAGGAGUACGAUCAAUGUAGCCCGGCCUUUAAAUUAGAUCAUUAUCACCCACCUCUGGAAUUCGUAGUAAAUGUUCCUUUACCGCAUAAUGGUAAUAAUGUAAGAGAUAACAAAUCUGAGUUGAAUUUUCGGAAAAUGAACUUAGAAAAAUUUAGGGAAAUCAUAACCAACUCUGAUUGGAAUUUUUUAGAAAUUAGAACCGAUUCUCCCUCCACUGUGGACGUAGCGGUGGAGCAAUUUAGUAAUAUUGUUAAGGCAGCUCUCCCUUUAUGUUGUCCUCGUUCUAAACCCUCCUCUCGCCUUCCUUGGUAUGAUGCUACAUUGCGGUCAUUAAAGGCGGAUAGGACACGUGCCCUCAAAAAACUCGGUUCAACUCCUUCUGAGUAUAAUCGUAGAGUUUUCAAAUAUGCCGCUUCUGCUUUUCGUAUUUAUAAUCGGGCCAGUUAUAGGUUGUAUCUUGGAAGGCUUCAAUGCAUGUUAUACCGUAAUCCUAAACUUUUUUGGUCUUAUGCCAAGAAGCGUCGUAAUCCCUCUUCCCUUCCUACUUCCAUGUCGCUCGGUUCGGUCACUACGGACAAUGCUGCUGACACCUGUUCCCUAUUCGCUGAGCAUUUCGCCAAUGGUCUGUCUAGACCGGAGAGUCAACCUUUGACAGAGUCUGAGCGCUUAUGGCCUGGUUUAAACUCCGUCGCAUGGGCUGAAGGUAUUGUCAAUGUUAAUACAGUCUCUGAAGCUCUUAAAAAACUUAAGCCAUCCUUCUCCCCUGGACCGGAUGGAAUACCAGCCUCGGUUUUAAAAAAGUCACCUUUUCUAUUCGUCCCUCUAUUGGUAAAAUUGUUUAACCUAUCUUUGUCCUCGUCUUCAUUCCCUUUAUUAUGGAAGCGGGCAUGGCUAGUUCCCAUUCACAAAAAAGGUAACCCGUCUGUCAUUUCCAAUUACCGUGGCAUCUCAAUACAAUGCGCAAUAACCAAGGUAUUUGAGCAUAUUAUCCAUACCUAUGUGUUUAAACUCACCUCUUCUACUAUUAUCCCUCAGCAACAUGGCUUUUUUCCUAACCGUUCUACAACAACUAAC